AGCGAGUGAGAGGGGAGGGGGAGAGAAGCGCAAGGACGGAGCAGCUUUGAUUCCUCUCAUUUUUGCUGGGUGACCACUGCACUGUCAGUGCUCUCAGGAAGAGGGGAUCCCCUCUUUAUCCACUGCAACCAUCUCGACCGCUCUUACACAAAACAUUAAGCUCCAGGGCAGUGGUCCUCGCUCACCUCCUGCUCCCUUUUUGAAGAAGCCCACGGGUGCUCUGCAAUCUGCCAACCCUUCACUUUGCUGGCUGUGAUGGGACCCUGCACGUGCUGACAGCCUUGAGCGCACGGACCCUACCUCUUGUCAGGAGUGCAGCGGAGUCAUGUCGUCCCUCUACUCCCGGACCAAAGACCUCUCCCGUGCCAGGAAGUCUCUGUCCGACUCGCCACCUUCCUCACCUUCUCUCACCACUAGAACUUCCAGACAUGACAGAGCAUCUAGGUUGGAUUCCGGGUCUGGGUCCAGUUCCACAGAAAGUGCUGCAGACCGAGUGCUUGGCCGCACCGGUUCUUACACACGUCGAGAAAACCGUCUAGCAUCCCUCAGCAAGACAGAUGACGAAGGCGGCUCAAAGGAGUACAAGAAGAUGUAUGAGGAUGCUCUGGCUGAGAAUGAGAAGCUGAAGUCUCGGUUGGAGGACAGCAAGCAGGAGUUGGCCAAGAUUCGCAUGCAGCUGGAGAAAGUCACACAGAAACAUGACAGGAUAUCAGAAAGAUCCAGCGUGCUUGAGACGGAGAAGAGGGAGAAACGGAUCCUGGAGAAAAAAGUCUCUGCCAUGGAGGAAGAACUCAAGGUACUAACAGAGCUCAAAUCGGACAACCAGAGGCUGAAGGAUGAGAAUGGAGCCUUGAUCAGAGUCAUCAGCAAGCUGUCCAAGUGAAAGAGGAACCCAGAGCAUGACAAACGUCACUCCUCAUCCCCCAUCACGCGCACAAUGCCUCCAACCAAGGUUCCUCCUCAUCCGUUUCCGUGCACCUCCCACAGUUACCUGCAUCAUGCCUUCACCCGUAUGAGUGGGCAGUGGAACGAGGGGGAUGUACAAGAACUGAACGCUGGACCUUAGGAUGACAUCCUUUGCUGGAAGGAGUGGAGAUUCCACUUUUGCCCUCCUGUCUGAGUUGAGACACCUUCAGUUUAUUUGCUUAAUGCCAAAGAUGCACAUAUGCAGCCUGCACGCAUGCACAUGCAUGCUUUUCUGUGUGUGAUGCUACAUUUAAUUUAUGCAACUCCUUGAAGACAUACUUGCACAGCAGGGUAUGUCCUAUGGUAGAACCAUCCCCCCCUUUUCUUGUGCACUUGCUCUGCCUGAUGCAGCAAAGCCUAUGCCGUGUCUUCUUCACUCAACACCUCUUGAUACACUUGAUGUACUAUAAUGGGGAUUGUGUAAUAUGCACACUAUAAAGGGCUCCCUUUUGUGACAUGGGAACAUUUUAUUUUUAUAUAUUUUUUUGGUUGAAACCAUGUCAUAGCCUGUUUGCACAGUGUCCACUACAGGACACGUCAAGUAAAUAUAUCACAAGAAGGUACCACAGCACUUGUCUUUGGGGUGCAGGUCACAGGCCUGCUUUGAAGGAUUUUUUUGACAAUAAAAAGAAAAAAUAUUUAAAAAUUCAAGCAAUGUCAAUUUGAGCUCUCUGCAGCCUUUUAUUUUGGUACGGUGUUGCAUUUAUAAAUGAAGCCAAUGGCAUUUAAAAAAAAUCCAGGUUAGCAAUGACUGCAGUGGUUGAAUACAUUAUGAAAUAAAAGAAUCACUGGUCUAAAUCGAAGUGGGAUAAGCCUCCCUGCUGAAACUAUGGGAUUAUCACAAUGAAAGCAAUGUAGUUAAAUAUCCUAAAUCCAUGCAUGCCAAUUGUCAGUAUAUUGGCAACAUCCUUAGCUCCAAAAAAUGUACGGUCUAUAAGGAAGGUGACCUAUGAUUCCUAUGUGCCUUUUGUGGUGAAAUAUGAAAAGAAACAAAAGGGCCUUUCUGUAUAAAUGAAAAUAAACUGAAGAUCAUGUAUAAGAUCAUAUUGUAUGUUUUAUGUGAUGUAUUCAUACCAAAUCAUUAAAAAAUGUUAGCCAAAACUUAUAU